ACCACCAACCAUCUUGACCUGCUUCCUCUUCCCUUUCACCUCACUCCACGUCCCGCUCUUUUUAAAUCCCCCUUUCGCCAUGGUUAAAACCCUAGCUCGCCAAACCCUAAUUUAUCCCCCCCAAUUCCCAAUCCGUCUCCUUUCCCUCCGCCCGGAUCCAGUUCUUUCCGAGAUCUAGCUAUCGACCUAAAUUUAAUUUCAUCUAUUUUCGUAGAGUAUUUCUGAAGAUCCGGUUGGUUUUGUUCUUUUUUGUUGUUAAUUUGUGUUUCUGGUUUGGCUUGGUGGGGAUUGGUUGGGAUAAUGGUGGAGAUCGGGAGGUUCCCCUUCCCCAACCACCGGCGGUGGCUGCCGGGGUUUGUCUCGACCCACAGGACCCUCUUUUUGGUGAUCUGGGUCGUGGGGUUUGCGACGGUGUUCCUGUGGCAGAGCAGCUCCAUCGACGGGCUCCUGUUCUUCCGGCGGGCGCUGCCGGAGAUGGCAGCGCCGAGUCUCCGGCCGUUUGCGUACAAUAUCACGGACUUUGGUGGGGUUGGGGAUGGAGUGACACUGAAUACUAAGGCGUUUGAGCGCGCGGUGGCGAAGAUCGCGAGGCUCAGGCGGAGGGGCGGCGGGCAGCUCAAUGUGCCGCCUGGAGUAUGGCUGACAGCGCCGUUCAAUCUCACGAGUCAUAUGACUCUGUUUCUUGCAGAAGGUGCCGAGAUUCGUGGAAUUGAGGAUGAGAGAUAUUGGCCAUUAAUGCCACCAUUGCCAUCAUAUGGAUUUGGGAGGGAACAUAAGGGACCUCGAUAUGGAAGUCUGAUCCAUGGCCAGAAUCUGAAGGAUUUGGUUAUAACAGGAAACAAUGGUACCAUAAAUGGACAAGGUCAAGCAUGGUGGACAAAAUAUCGCAAAAGACUUCUCAACAACACUAGGGGGCCUCUUGUGCAGAUCAUGUGGUCCAAAGACAUAGUUAUUUCCAACAUAACUUUGCGUGAUUCUCCUUUUUGGACACUUCAUCCCUUUGACUGCAAGAAUGUUACUGUCACAAAUGUUACCAUCUUGGCUCCUGUUACUGGAGCUCCAAACACAGAUGGAAUAGAUCCGGAUUCAUGUGAGGAUGUGGUGAUAGAGAACUGUUACAUAUGUGUAGGCGAUGACGCAAUAGCCAUAAAGAGUGGUUGGGAUCAGUAUGGAAUUGCAUAUGGGCGUCCAUCUACUAACAUUUUAAUCCGCAAUCUCACUGUUCGUUCUGUGGUGAGUGCUGGAGUAUCAAUAGGCAGCGAGAUGUCUGGAGGAGUUUCAAAUGUUACCGUGGAAAACCUUCAUGUCUGGGAAUCAAGGCGGGGCAUUAGAAUGAAGACUGCCCCCGGGAGAGGAGGCUACAUUCGCAACAUAUCCUACCACAAUGUGACCCUUGAUAUUGUUCGUGUUGGCAUUGUGAUUAAGACUGACUACAAUGAGCACCCUGAUGAAGGCUUCGAUCCGAAGGCUGUUCCCCUCAUUGAGAACAUAUCCUUCAGUGGGAUUCAUGGUGAGGGAGUCCGUGUCCCAGUUCGGAUCCAUGGCAGUGAGGACAUCCCUGUGAAGGGUGUCAGCUUCCGUGACAUGUCCGUGGGUAUAACCUACAAGAAGAAGCACAUAUUCCAGUGUUCCUUUGUUCACGGACGUGUGAUAGGGUCCAUCUUCCCUGCACCAUGUGAGAACCUCGACCUUUAUGAUGAGCAGGGGCAGCUGGUGAAGCAAUCAGUGUCACAGAACAGCACGGACAUUGACUAUGAUAUUUGAAAAAUUUGUUCACUCUCCAUUUUCCAGAUGGGAGGAGUGCUGGGUUAUUCUUUGGCAGUGAUCGUUCUGUCAAGGAUCUGUACCCAAGUUUUUUCAUCCCCCUGGCUUGUACAUACCGAGUUUUCAAUUUUUCAUAUUUUUUUUUGGAAUAUCAGGUGAUAGAUGGUCUUGCAGCACUCUGUUCUCUGCCCUCAAAAUUCUUGAAUAAUUAAUUUUGCAGAUGAUAGUCUCAGAGAGAACUUCCUGGAUGCAUGUUGGAAUUUGGAAGAGCAGGGGAGAUGCUUUUAUUCCAUGUUAUCUGUAAUUUCUCCGCAAAGAAACCCCGUUGUACCAUGGUUUCAGAUGACAGCUACUUUAAUGGUGUACCAGAUUUUGUGCUGCUCUAUCAGGUUGUGGACAUGUAUGCGUGUGAUGCCCAAUGUGGCAAUAUAUGUUAAACAGCUGGAAUGUGACAGUACUAGAGUAUGAAAUACAAGCUCUAUGAUGUGAACUUUGUAUCGAAAACUUAAAACGAAUACAUCUCUCGACCUUUCUAA